UAAACCCACUUUUUUCCUUUGUCUUCCUCUCCCCUCCUUUGUCGGCGUGAAAAUGUCGUCGUCACUGAUAUCGGAUUUCCUCCAUCGAGCCGGCGGAACCGCCAUCAUCGACGGUGGUUUAGCGACUGAGCUUGAACGCCAUGGCGCCGACCUCAAUGAUCCCCUUUGGAGCGCCAAAUGCCUCAUUUCGAUCCCUCAGUCUCACCUCAUUCGUCAGGUGCACCUUGAUUACUUGGAAAAUGGUGCAGACAUUAUAACCACAGCUUCUUAUCAAGCCACCAUUCAAGGUUUUAAGGAAAAAGGAUUUUCUAAUGAAGAAAGUGAAAACAUGCUCAGAAGAAGUGUUGAAAUUGCUUGCGAGGCUCGCGAUUUGUAUUAUGAACGAUGUGCUGCGUGUUCUUCGGGUAAGAAUGCUGAUGAUAGAAUCCUCAAGCAACGUCCUAUCUUGAUUGCAGCGUCAGUUGGGAGUUAUGGAGCUUAUUUGGCUGAUGGAUCAGAGUACAGUGGGAAUUAUGGUGAUGCUAUCACGUUGAAAACUCUCAAAGAUUUUCAUCGGAGAAGAGUUCAAGUUUUGGCAGAUGCAAGUGCCGACCUGCUUGCAUUUGAAACAAUUCCAAAUAAGAUUGAAGCUCAGGCUUUUGCAGAACUUCUGGAAGAAGAGAACAUAAAGGUUCCAGCAUGGUUUUGUUUUAACUCUAAGGAUGGAAUUAAUGUUGUUAGUGGUGAUUCUAUAGUGGAAUGUGGCUCCAUUGCUGAAUCAUGUAACAAAGUCAUUGCUGUCGGAAUCAACUGUACCCCACCUAGAUUUAUACAUGGUCUUAUACUUUUGCUUAAGAAGGUGACUACAAAACCAAUUGCUAUAUAUCCAAACAGCGGGGAAACUUAUGACGGUGAACGAAAAGAGUGGAUGCAAAAUACAGGUGUUACAGAUAAAGAUUUUGUCUCAUAUGUUAGUAAAUGGUGUGAGCUAGGGGCUUGCCUUGUAGGUGGAUGCUGUAGAACGACUCCUGUUACCGUUAGAGGGAUAUACAACACACUAUACAGCAAUCAAUCUGCUAUUCUUUCCACACAGUGAUUGCCCUGAAUUCAGAAAGGAGGCAAAUGUGUAAAACCAGUCUAAUUUAUAUGUCAAAAAUGCCUGCAACGGGCCAUGUUGCCACUUUGUGCUGAGAUGUGAAGAUUAAUAUGGCCUAGCUGCACUAAUAAAAUGGUGGCAACAUUUCCUUUUCAACAUCACGCACAUCAAUAUAUUGAAAGAGAACGGGUAUACUUUUUUUGGUUUGAUUCACUUAAAGCUCACAGUGAUAGCGUGUCUGAAUGAGUGUUGAUAAAUUUUUGUGGCUAAUUAGUAAGAUAUUCCAAAUGCUUGAUUGGUUACUGUAACUUAUAACAUCAUUUACCCUUGGAGCUAGUGACCUGAGAAUCUCAGUUUGUGCACAUUACAUUGAACUAGAAGGAAAAGAUGUUUGUGUUUUCAUUUUAUUUUGAAUCAAUUUUGGAAAAAAAUUGCCAUUAAUUA